CGGCACUUGCAGGAUGGGGCCACUACUCACGCGACCCGCGCCGCCGCGCCGAUGGAGAAAGUUAGCUGGUAAAAUGACAGUUAGCUGGUAAAAUGACAGAUAGUGCCGCGCUCGUCUGUCGCUCGGAGAUCGCGAAUAGUUCGGAGAACUUGGGUACCAGACGAAAAAUAAGACACGGAGUUUGGCGGGGGUGUCUAAUCUCUUCACGUUUUGUCUUGUGUGGCUGCCAAUUAAUGAUUAUUUUUCGGCUGACGAAGCCGGGUUCAAGAAUACGAACCCGCCUCCACCUGGCAUUCAGCUGACGUGACUCACGGUACCGGCUCACGGAGCUUAGCUAGCUUCGCUCAUCUGCUCACCUGGCCACAAAAGAAAAACCCGCCUCCGCGCACGAUACACGGAGAUAGCUUUUU